AUGUCUGAAAGUGUCAACCCUUUGUCUCCUGAAGAAGUAGCUCAGUUCAAUGAAACUUUAGCAACUUUCAAUAAUACUAAAGACUUGUCUCAUGCAGAAGCGCUCUUUCACCUGCUUGAUAGGAAUAGAAAUGGACUUUUGAGCAGAGAAGAAAUUAGAAUUGUUAUGAAUCAAGUUUCAGCGCAUGGGUUUAGUGAUGGAGAGGCCCAAAGAUUUGUUGAAACUUUCGAUAAAAACGGUGAUGGGCAAAUCGAUCUUAGAGAAUUUGUCGAGUUUUUAAGAACUAAAAUUUAA